AUGAGCAAUAAAACCCUUACAAGUGAAGUUGAUCCAAAUAUUGAAGCUUUACGAAAAUUUAUUCGAUCAUCUAUCACUGAGCAAGUCUCCUUCGACUUAUGCAUGGACCCUGAAGAAACUAAAGAAGCAGAAACACUUAUGAAUGAAGCUGAAUUGUUAUUGCAACAACAUGCUACAAGUACGGAUGAUUACAAAUUAUAUCAUAAAUACAGUAAUGAUUCAAUUGCAUAUUAUAAGAAACGUGGAAAUACAUUAAUUUUUAAAUUUAAUCAUAAAAUAAAAUACCCAGGCAAGUAUAAUUAUAUAAUAAGCAUGUUAUGGAAUUCAAAUGCCAAAUAUGUUGGUGAUAAAAUUGUUAAAGAAAAAGUUGCACGUGCAUACUCUCCAAAUUUAAUGAUGAUCCAACAGCGUUACAAAAAUGAUGCUAUAUCGUUCCAUGGAUAUUACUAUGCUUUAGCAAAAAAAGUUCAAGUAUCAGACGACACAACUAUAAUUGUCUAUGCAUCAUCUGAUGUAAAUGACUAUAACAGUGUCGAUAAAAAAAAAUAUACAAACACUAUUGUAGAAAGUGCAAACUUAUUCAAACCAAAAAUUUAUUCAGAAAAUGAUAUUAGAAAUGGAGAAUUGACAAAAAUGUUUGUUAAUUUAUCUGGAUUUAUAAUUCAAAAAAAAAAGGAUUGCGUUGAUAUUACCUAUCUCAACUCUAUUAAUAUUAAUACCACUAUUUUUGAAGAUUUAUUAAUUAGAAUAAUUAAUUUAUCACAAAUACUAACUAUUAAGAGAUAA